AUGAUCGGCCGUCUCGGACUCGUUUCUCAACGCUCCUUGAGCAUGUCUAGCCGUGUUGGAGCUUCAGAUUUGAUCACUCAAACCUUUUUGAAGCAAAUUAAGGAUUUGGCUGCUAAGCAAAAGUAACUUUUCUUAUUUUUUAGCUUUGUUUUUAGGUAUGGCUUUAUUUUCAUAAACGUAAAUUUUAAAGAUUACUGGAUAAAUUCGUUUUAUAAACUUUGACAUUGUUAUAGGGCUGCCGGAGGUUCGUUGGUUAACUCUUCGCCUGAAAUCAAGAAACAAUUGGAUGAGCAGUUGAACAAGCUUGCCCAGAAGUACAAAUUGGCUAGUGCUGAUGUUGUUGGCAAAUUGGACGUUCAGUUUGAGAAGGCAAACGUCGAGAGCUCGGUUCAAACUGUUCUUGAGGGCAAAACUUUGGAUCAAUUGAUUGCUGAGGUUCAACAAGAGUAAGUUUAUCAGAUUUAUGGUGUUUGAAAGGUUUAGGAACAGUUAAGUUUUUUUUGCGGUUUUAUCAAAAGUUUAUUAUUUUCAAAUUUAUGGAUAAUAUAGCCCAUACAUUAGUUUUGAUGAACAGCUAGGGGUGAGAAAAGGGCCGGGCCGGGCCCACUUUUAAGGCCCGGCCCAGGCCCAACGUUUAGGCCCGGCCCGUUUUCAAUUUUCUCUCAGGCCGGCCCGGUCAGAAAAUUUCUAGGCCCGGCCCGGCCCGUUUUUAAAAAAAUUUUAAAACUUAAAAAAUAAACGGAAAUUUGGCUUUGCAUUGUUCUUUUAGAUCAUUUAUGUAUCAUGGUACCCAAUAAAAUCAAAAAACAUCAACGGGGAUUAAAAUAAAAAAUUUUUAAAAAUUAAAAAAAAAUUUUUUUCGGGCCCGGGCCCAAUUUUCAAGCCCGGCCCGCGGGCCGGGCCUAACCUUUGGGCCCGGCCCGUUUCAAUUUUAGCUCAAAGCCGGCCCGAUCGUAGGGCCGGGCCUAGACGGCCCGUUUCUCACCCCUAUGAACAGCAGAGAUGAACUAUAACUGAUUUCUUUGACAAAUUUAAGGGUUAAGCUUUUAUGAAACAGGAAGAUAGUUGUAUUUUAAAGCCUAAUAUCGUUCUUUUUCAGAGAGAAGGAGUACGUAGCUCAACGUGACGCCAAGAAGAAGGCCCAAUCCCAACGCCAAAGCUUGGAAUAG